GGCGGAACACAGCAGGAAUUCCGCCCAUGAGCCGAUGACAGCCUCUCUGAUGAGGUAACAGCGAUGAUGACCAUCCUCUCGCAAUACAGUUCUGUUGCCCCGGUGGUCCCUAAAGUCAACUAACCAGCUGGCAGCUGUUUGGGCCGCCGGCUGGUGUCAGACUUGACAGACGGUGGAUGAAGCAGAGUGUUCGCCCUGAUGCUCCGAGUUGGACUGGUGCCUUUUUUUCUUCUUUUUUUACACUUGAACUCCUUGCUGAGAUUAACUAGUCUAUCUUACUCUCGUUGAAGAGUUUUAUAAGUAAGAAGAUGGAUUUGUUGGCGGUGCUGCAUUUGGACGAGCUUUCCCACGGGCUGGCAAACUUGUCCAUGUUUCCAUACUUUGACAUGGCGCACUAUAUCGUGUCAAUCAUGGCUCUGAGGGAGCAGCCAGGUGCUCUUGAGGUCUCCAGGGUCAGCCCCUUAGCCUGCUGGUUCAGCUCCAUGCUCUUCUGUUUUGGUGGAGCUGUGCUAUCUGGGAUCAUGCUGGCCGAACCAGCUGUUGCCCCUUUGUCCAACAGCACCAGUGUUCUGCUUGCUUCAAUCAUUUGGUACCUGGUGUUCUACUGCCCCAUGGACCUGGUUUACUGUUGCGCUGCCCUGCUGCCUCUCAGGCUGGUGCUGUCAGGAAUGAAGGAAGUGACCAGGACGUGGAAGGUGCUCGGUGGGGUCACCCAGGCACACAGCAAAUACAAGGACAGUCUGCUGGUUAUGAUUGCCAUUGGGUGGGUUAGAGGAGCUGGAGGUGGUCUUAUAAGUAAUUUUGAGCAGCUUGUUCGAGGUGUAUGGAAACCAGAGACUAAUGAGCUCCUCAAAAUGUCUUACCCCACCAAGAUCACCCUGAUAGGGGCGGUGCUGUUUGCUCUGCAGCAAACCCAUUACCUGCCUCUCCAGAAGCAUCACCUGAUGCUCGUCUACACCAUCUUUACCGUCGUCAACAAGUCAAGGAUGAUGCUGACAGGCUCCUCUGCCUCGCCAUUUGCUGCCAUCGAGUCGGCUGUCUACAAGACCCUCUUCACCGGCUACUUUCCUUAUGCUGUCCUCAAUGACGAUUUAAAGAAAGAGUGUAUUGACAGUGGCAAAACCAAUAUGACGACCUCCUCUGCAACAACCAAAGAGUCCCAUGAGAAUGGAGCAGCAGCGCAGCGUACCCCAGUUUCCCCUGUCAAGCUACAAAGUCGAUCGCUCAAAGCCAAAGAGGAGUCAGAGAGUGCAGAGACAACAAGCUGCAAGAAGGCCGACUAGUCAGCCUCUGCCCCAUAGCGCUGUUUCACCUCUAAGCAGGGUUAUGGAGUCAUUCUGAUUCAGAUUUUUCAUGUCAGGACUUAAACUUUCUGACUGCUGAAAUAGAAUUUCAAAAGAAGCUGACUCAAGCUAACCAACCCUGCACCUUAUUGUGGGAUAAUCACCUCGUCCUUAAAGUACCUGAUAUUUUUGCUGUGGGAGAUAUCCUUGGGCUGAUUGCACACUUGCAGUACAACGUGUAGCUUCAUUUUUAAUAUAUUAAUUAUAUAUUAAUUAUAUUAGUACAGUUUGUAUUGGCUUACAAACUGAUGAGAAUUUUAUCUCUGGGUUUUGGGAACAAUGCUGUGCACCUGCUGAUCUUUGAAUGUCUAUGUAUCCUUUUCUCUCUGCUCUAUUCUGCUUCAUGUGAAUGCUGAAUUUCCUACUCUGAAAUGGUUAGAAAAUGUUUUUAAAAAGAGAUAUUCUAUUCUAUGACGCACAGAUAUUUUAUUCUAUUUAUACUAAAUAAUUUCACUCUUGAAUGUAUAACUAUUUGAAAUGGAAGACGACUUUUUUUAUUGUAUUCUGUUUCUUGGCUGAAUGCUUUGAAUUACACUUUAAGCAUGAGAAUAAAUAGGUGCAAAUGCACUAUAAAAUGUG